UCGUCAAUUUGGUUCGCGGUGGAUUCUCUUCACUCUUGCUUUGACUCUUCAACUAAGACGAGUCUUUGUGUUUUUUCUACAAUUUUGGUGCAUUUUUUAUCAUUUGGGAUUUUCUCAGUUCCACCUUGUGUGCUCCAAGGGACCAGUAAAGGUGCAAAGAUGACUGUGUUGGGGAAAAAUUAGUGAUUUCCCAGUGAAAAUUUGUUUAGUGAAAGACUGGAGUUUCAGCUGAAGUUGUGUAUGUGUCUCAGUCCCAGAAUCUGUGGAGCAAUUUUGUGUCUUCUCAAGUGAAGUGUCGUAGGAAAAACGGAAGUAAAAUGAUAAUUUAUCAGUUUACUGGGGACCAUCUUGCCUAACACCCUGCUAAAUUUAUUGGAGCAUUGUAAAGCUCCAAAGCCUACAAAAGGACCCCACCCCAUUUGGGAGGAAGCUAAAGCACAACGGGAACAAUGGCUGAAAAGGUGGUGAGUGAAUGUGAAGUGGGAUGCGAUAUUGCGGGGGAGUUGAAUUCCAUCAUGAAUUCAUCCCAAAUAUCCAGUGCAUCAUCCACGGAUGGUCAAAGCAAAGCAUCUAUAGGGAUUGUUCACAAUGUCCCUGGUAGUUCCUGUCGCUUCCCGAAGCUGGAGGAGUGUGCUCACUUCCAUUAUGAACGUGUGCAAUUGGCACCAAUUGAUGUUCGUCUGGUGGAAGAGAAAUCUGAGAUUCUCAGUGGUGGUUCAUCGGGUUCGGGUCAGGGAAGUGUUAAGGUUGCAAUUGGGAAUUUCUGGUUUAUUCUGCGGGUGUCUGCAAGAGAAUCUGAGGCUUUUCUGAUAAAGAGGAGCCUGGAGAAUCUCAAGAUGUUGGAUGAGAUGUUGCAUCAGUGUGUGUACAAUCGUCAAGUUAGUGGACUUCCGUGUAUACAGGAAAUUGAUGGGAGGCAGUCUGAGAAGGAUGUUGAAUGUUUGGUAGCUGAGUAUUUUAGACAUUUUUCCUCAAUUGCUCCUGAUUCCAUGACCUGUGGUCCAGUCCUUACGUGGUUUCAGCUGGACAAUAAGGGCAGAAGACUUCCGGUGGCUGACACAGACAUGAGGAAUAGUAUCAAUACUCCAGCUGUAGGAGCAGCUUAUGGAGUUCGGAAGUAUGUUUCUCAGGCAUGCGAUGAGAUUUCCAUUGAGGUGGGAGAUAUGAUAUCGGUGAUUGACAUGCCAAGUCCGGCAGAAUCAAUCUGGUGGCGUGGCAAGAAGAGUCACACGCAAAAGAGUCAGUAUGAGGUGGGAUUCUUUCCGCAGAAUUGUGUUGCGACUAUUGGAGAGAAAAUUCCCAGACAUAUGCCCCUUCCAGCGCCCCUUGUCGGUUCCCUGGCCCUGUCUCCCACAAAACCCGUUCUCCGGAAGCAUGGGAAGCUUAUUGCUUUCUUCCGGAGCUUCAUUCUGUCUCGCCCAUCGCGUCGGCGUCUAAAAGCCAGCGGCAUUUACAAGGAACGCGUUUUCUCGUGCGAUCUCAGUGAGCAUCUCCUAAACAGUGGUCAGGACAUCCCAAUGGUGCUAAAGUGCUGUGCUGAAUUUAUCGAGGAGUAUGGAAUUGUCGAUGGGAUCUAUCGUCUUUCGGGGAUAACGUCAAACAUUCAGAAACUCCGACGAGCAUUCGAUGAGGAACGCAUUCCUGAUCUUCAGCAAUCGGACAUUAAACAGGAUAUUCAUGCUGUCAGUUCACUCCUGAAAAUGUACUUCCGGGAAUUGCCAAAUCCACUCUGCACCUAUCAACUCUACGAUAAAUUUGUAGAGGCAAUUCAGAGUCCCGAAGAGGGUGAGGAUAAACUAAAAAUCAUGAGGAAGACAGUUCAGAAACUUCCACCGCCGCACUAUCGAACCCUAAAAUACCUAGCUACUCAUCUUCACCAUAUUUCCCGCCACUCCGAUCGCACAGGCAUGACAGAUAGAAAUCUGGCAAUUGUGUGGGCUCCCAAUCUCCUCAGAUCACCCACAUUGGAGUCUGGAGGAGUUGCAGCACUCCGUGGAGUUGGUGUUCAGGCUGUAGUCACGGAAUAUCUCAUAACAAACUCCGAACUCAUCUUCAAUGCCAAUGUGGAAUUUUCACCACACAGUACCGAAGAUUCCACACACAGUCGAAGUUCCAGGGAUGGGGAGAGUGUGGAAUUUGAGAGGGAUCAUGAUUCCCUCUCAAUUGAACGUCCCAAGAGUCUCAAUGUGAGCGGUGGGACGAAGUUAAUUAGUUUGGAAGAGGCACAAAUUCGCCAAAAUCGCAUUGAUGCCAUGGACAAGACCAUCUCGGUCAACUCACCACAUUCCGGAUGUAUGUCCUACAUCGAAGUGGGAGGUGGACCAAGUAGUCUUCCAGAUAAAUAUCACACUGUUUUGCCAGUUCCCAGGAGUUGGCAGAAGAGAAAAACACAUUCGUGGAAGUCGAUUUUCAGCCGAACUCCUAGGCAAUCCAAUGGUAGCUCUAACACUCCCGUGUCAAAGGACAUUCGGGUAAUUCUGACUCCGUCACAGGAUGAGGAUGACCUGAAAACAAUAAGUUCCCCAGAUCCAGUAACGCCCCUUGAGGAGAAAUCCUCAAUUAGCAAAGCAGCUGAAAUUUGUGAUAGGAAACCCAUGACAAUGGACAUUUGUAUCCGGUCAAAUUCAGUGGAUAGCCUAAGAACAACUGGUCACAGUCGUUCAGUGUCUCAUGAUUCCUACUUUGAUCUCCUUCAAUCACCCCUUCGGGGAAUAGUUAAUUGUCCAUCGCGUGAACUCUCUGAGCUGGGACUCAAUUUUGACCGGGAAGAGCCUGAAAUGAGGAUUUUCUCGGAGAGUGAGAGUCUCGUGAGUAGCCCAAAAGUGGCUAAGGAAUCUGCUACAGUUUCUUCCGUUCGGCGUGUUCUGAGAGCACGUCCGGAAGAAUUUACAAGUACGGCAAAUAGUGUCAAUCCAAGUCCUAAGAAACAGCCCCGAUUGAAUUGUCAAAGCCCAAAUACUUGGGCAAUCCCAAGUACAAUUUGUGAUGAGAGUUCAUGCAAAAGGUACAAGUUGGAGGAUCAACUGUCUGACAUUCAGUUUAUCGAUUGUGGAACUCCUGAACACUCAACUCAGUACACUAGUGCACAAGUUCACAAUCCCCCUGAUCUAGUAGAAUCCCCAUCUGAUACUCCCACUCCCACUACCACAAUUACCACUCUCGAUGACUUCCUGGUGGAUUCUCCAAUGCUCCUCGGCAGUGCCAAUCGCUUUAGUUAUCCACAGUAUGAGAGCAACAAGAGUUCAUUCGGGAAGUACGAGGGACGCUUUAGUUAUCCCGGAAAUGGAAAGAAUGUCAAGUUCAGUACUAUGACGGCACUGAAAGACAAGCCUGAGGAUAAAAUGGAACCCAGUGGGAUGGAAAAGAAGAAUGUGACUGAGGAGGCGUGCAAGAAUCUCACGGUUACUCCGCCAUCUUCCCACCACAGUCCCAGGUAUUCGCUGCUAGUGGGAGAGACAAGUUCUGACAAUAGCAGCUCAGUCACUACCACCCCCAUGUUCGAUGUGGACCUAUCGUCGUCCACGACAAAAGACAGCCUGGCGCAGAAUGAGAAGAAUUCCCUCAAAGAGAUGAAAACUGUGGAUAUUUUGGCACUAAAGAGGAAAUUCUCGCUGGAGCUGGAGCCACCAAGUGUUCAGAUGGAUGUAGAUGGGAUGAAAUUGCAAUUGCCAUCUACGCCCAAUACUCCAAAUUUUACACAAACUUCCGGAAAUACCAGUCAAUCAAUGACACCAAGUGAUUUUGACUAUCAGCAGCUGAAUCGUGGUGGACAGGAUGUAGGAUCACCGGAAGUGUCACCGAGACUGCCAAAGUCCCCAGAGGGGGCCAAAAAGGUGAGCACAACUCCUAUAAAAUCGACAAUAAGUAUUACGUACAAUCUCAAGUCACCCGUGAAGAAGGCACCGAGUCUGGAGAAACUGGAAGAUGUUGAUGGGGUUGAGGAGGAUGAGGAGGAGCAGGAGGAGGAAGAGGCGUAUGAGAAAGUGGAAUUUGGGGAAGAGAAGAAAUCAAGUGUUUUAGAGACAGAUUUGGACGAUAGCAUUGUGUAUGAGACGGUGAAAUUUUUUAAGAGUGCCGUUUCGGAAGUUAAUCAAAUUUUUGAGGUGGCAGAUGAUAAAAUUUUGCCUGAAGAUGAUUCUGGGAAUUCCAUGGGCGAUGGGGUGGUGACAAAAGUAGAACAACAAAUUGUACCUGACAUAGAUAUGAAGAUUAUUAGUCAAAAUGAUGAAAAGACUGAGGUGGGCAAAGUGGAGGACAGUAGUGGGAAGACAUCUCCGGAAAAUGAUGCUCCAAUGCCAUUGACGGAUGAUCAGGAUUUUGAUAUAAAAGAUAGUCUUGAAUUUGACACAAAUCUCUCACUCUAUGAGAAUAUUGAGAUGAAAAAGCCACCAACUCUUUAUGAAAAUAUUAAAGUGGAAUCAGGAAAUAUUCUGAUGGAAUGCAAUUCCACAGAGGAUCCUCCUCAUCCUUCCAUGGCCAAGAAGGAUGAGAAAAAACCCAAUAAUUAUCUCGUUAAACAAUUGGCAACAAAAUUUGAAACUAGUCCCGUGGAGAAUCUUCCUCCUUUUGACUUUAGCAAGAGAACCAAGAGUCCCCUGAAGAAUCACAUUAGUAAACCCUUAGUGGAGACUCUCAAAGUAACCCGGAGUCUCGAUGAGAAUGCCUUCAUUUGGGAAUUUGGACCAACGCCAAAACUCACGGAAAAAUUUCGCAAUAGAAGUUCACAGCAAAUUCCCGAAAUUGUUCCGCCUGAGAAUCAUCAGAGGCGCAAAAGUCUCGAAUUCACCAGACCCAAAAGUCUCAAUCCUCCCAAAAAACUACCCGAUCUCACUAGUACCAACGAAGAGAUCUGCAAGAAUAAGCUGAAGAUGAAUAAAUUGAACGAAGAAGCCACAGAGGAACCACUUCAGGAGCGUGAAAUUAAAAUAACUCCAACGACGGAGAAUCGAAUUUCACUGAUACAGAAUAACUUUGCCCUUCCCUGUUCCGAGGAUCGUUUCAAUGUGCCCAUGAGGGGUGUUUUGGGCAACUAUAAGCUCGAUCGGGAGCGCAUUGAGAAGAUCAAGGAGGAAAGACGAUUGCAGCUCAGUGAAAAAUUCCGUAGUGAAUCUUUCAAAUCCUUGGAAAGGGAUAGUCAUCCAAAGUCCAAGUCCAAGUCAGAAUUGCGUGAGACAAAGGAGAAUGAUGAUAGUUUCAGGAUGCGCUCAAAGUCACGUGGGGAAAUUCAGACGGGACGUGAUGAGAAGAAUCGCAGUGAGGAAUUUAUCUUUUCAUCAUCGCUGACAAGGAGAAUUCGCCGGAACAAUGAUGAAGCCUCUUCGCUGGACUGUGGACUCAAUCAGAGGCUCAGUGGCAAGGAUUCCGGACUGAGAUCGACCAAAUGUGACGAUUUCCGGGAGAGGGAUGUUGACAAGAGUCCAUCAACGAAUUUCAAUCAACGAGAGAAAUGUUCACCCCAAUUCUCGAUAAAAGAUGUGACGGCAAUGUUUGAAUCGCGAUCGCAGAAUCAGCAGUAAAUGCAACCCGUCAAAAACUUGAAUGACUUAUUUAAUAAUUUUAAUAUUCUAUCAGUUUUCUUUGUCACGUGAAUGUAAUUGAAAAGAAUGAGAAAAGAAAAUCUAAAAGCUUUAAUUAUGAAGAGAAAUUGAAUGGCAAAUCUUAAAAGUGAAAAAAGUUGCUUAUUUAUCACGCUUCUUUUUUUUGUAUUUCGGAGAGUGUCUAUUGAGAGAAUAUCUAAAAAAAAAAAAUGUAUUUUUAAAGUUUUUUUUUAAGUAAUGUCACGACAUUUUUUUUUGCCUAUUUUCACUGAAAAUUAUUUUAUACGACUUAAAAUGAAAUAAUUUUAUUUGAACACGACGUACUGUUUUCUUUAUGUUUAUGUUAAGAAUUUUGUUUAUUCAAUUUUUUGCAAUACAAAAAAAAAACAAAAAAAAAAUCGUACUUGUGAGAUAUACAUGACGAAAGGCCAAAAAAAGAUGAUGAAAUAUUGCAUGAUGAAUAAAUGAAGCAAAUAGACUGGCAAUGUCUACCAAUUUGAUAUUAAAACAAUGAUAUUAAAAUAAAUUUAAUAAUUUAUAUACAACUUUUGCAAUUUCCAUAAUUUUUGAAAUACAUGUAAAUUAGUGAGAAAGGUAAUAAGAAACAAAAAUAUUGCUUUAUGAGUCAUUUUUCACAUUUCUAAUAAUGUCCUUAUCUCAAGCAAAAAAAAAAAAACAAAAGGAACAAACAUUAGUGAGACAAGAACAUUGAGAAUUAAAAAUUAGAUCUGUAUCUAAAAUAGUGCUUCUAAUAAUAAAUAGAUAGAGACGAAGGUGGAAAUAAAGAGUUAUAACUUUGAAGAAAAAAAAAAGAUAUUGCUAUAAUUAAUUUUUAAACAAAUUACAAUUUCAUCACAUUUUUCUGAUCACAUGAAAAUGUACACUAAAAAAUGUAACAUGAGAUUAAAUUAAAUCGUUAUAAUAAUUUAUUAAAUUUCAAAGAUGAAA